AUGGAUCCUAAGCCUGAAACUCCAUCCCUCCCCCUAACUACCCGUUUCAAGAUUUGGUUAGUUUCCACCGCCACCAACUUGGGAAUCGGUCCCGGAGACACCAUCGACCGCCGCUUUCGGGACCUUAUCGAUUUUAAGUCCCCCGCCAAUUCAACACCCGUUGAAGGAGUCAAAUCCUAUGAUGUUUCCAUUGACCCUGGUCGUAGCCUAUGGUUCCGUGUCUUCGUCCCCGAGGUAACUACCACCGGAAAAUUGCCGCUGAUCGUGUACUACCAUGGUGGUGGGUAUGCGUUUUACAGCCCUGAAAGCAGUCCUUUCGAUGGAUUAUGCCGCCGAUUUGCCCGUAUGAUUCCUGCCGUUGUUGUUUCCGCUAGUUAUCGCUUGACUCCAGAAAACAGGUAUCCCUCCCAGUAUGACGAUGGGAUUGAUGUCCUCAAGUUUCUUGACGACGACCAAAACCGGAAAAACUUGCCGGAGAAUGCUGAUCUGCAGCGUUGUUUUGUGGCCGGAGACAGCGCCGGCGGUAACCUUGCUCAUCAAGUUUGUAUUAGAGCUUCUCAAAACAAAUUUCAGCAAAUUAAGGUGAUUGGACUGGUGGCACUACAACCGUUCUUCGGAGGAGAGGAACGAACAGCAUCGGAGUUAUCACCGGAAAAUUCAAGAGGGCUAGCACUGAACCAAACAGAUUUCUAUUGGAGGGUGUUGAAGCCGGUGGAUGAAGAAUGGGAUAGGGACAAUGAGGUGAUCAAUGUGAGUGGGCCAAGGGCGGUGGACAUCUCAGGGUUGGAGUUUCCGGCGACAUUAGUGGUGGUGGGCGGCCGUGAUAUCCUUCAGGAUUGGCAAAGAAAGUACCAUGAUUGGCUGAAGAAGUCAGGAAAAGAAGCACGUUUGGAGGAGUAUCGAUAUAUGUUUCAUGGCUUCUAUGCGUUUACAGAAGUGGAUGAAGCCAUGCAUGUUAUUUCUGUUGUCAAAGACUUUGUUCAUAAGCAGAUGAACACGGCUACUGAAUAA